CGUGUUGCAGAAGCUGUAGGAUGACGUGAAACAUGUGGCGUCCCUGGUUCCUGCUUGUGGCUAUGGUGGCUACGUCGGUCACCUCGACAGACGAACACGACGCCUGUCCCACCGAAGCCGAUAUCUUGCCGUGCCGCUGUAACAUGCGUUCGGACCAGUUGCAGAUCUGGUGCAGCCACAGCGACCUUACCCGCGUGCUGCUAGGUCUCCAGGCUGUGGGAACGCACGUGACGAGGCCCGUCGACGAGCUGAUCUUAGAGAACAACCACCUGCCCUCGUUGCCCGGCAACACCUUCUCUGCCCUCCGCGUGGUUCGCCUAAUGCUGCGGGACAACGGGCUGGAACGGGUCGCGGCCAGUUGGUUGGCUGGCCUGGAGGACACGUUGCUCGAGGUGUUCGUGGUGGAGCCGCGUCUGCGGAGCCUUCCCGCCGACAGCCUGGAGCAGCUUCGCGGUCUCGAAGCCAUCACCCUGCAGGGUGGGGCCAUCAAACGGUUACCGCGUUUCUCUGGUAUUCCUCGCCUGCGCUACGUACACAUUGAGUCGCCCGCCCUGAUAGAACUAUCUCCUCACGGGUUCAAAGCGCUGGGUGACCUUGAACAAUUGCACGUCACAUUUAGCCCGUACCUCACUCGACUGGAGGGCGGCUUCCUGCAAGACCUUCCCAGACUCCACACACUCAACGUGUCUCACUGCGGGCUCGCUUGGGUGCACCCCCGGGCCCUGUCUGCCCUUCCCGCCCUGAAGGAACUCUCUUUUGUGGGCAACCGGCUGACUGACGCGGGCAUGGUGGGACGCGCGGCCCGCGAGCUGUCGGCCCUCGCAGUCGUGCGGUUGGACGACAAUCAGUUUGACGCCCUGGGCGAGGCGUCCUUCGUGGACCUGCCGUCUCUGCAAGAGCUGACCCUGGCAGGCAACAGAAUAGCAGAGCUGCAGCGUGGAGCUUUCGACCGGCUGCCGGCCCUCCGCAGGCUUGACCUGAGUAGCAACCACGUCCGGCGGAUACACCCGGAAUCAUUUCGUCAGCAGUCAGGAACCCUGGAAGAGCUGUGGCUCACUUCAAACGUGAUUGACCACGUGGCCGAGGUUCGAACCUUGCUGGAUGCUCUCCCUCGAUUGCGCUAUCUGGACCUCAGCCACAACUACAUCCAGGAAGUGCCAUUUGGGGCACUGCGAGGGCACCCCACCCUGGAGAGGCUGCAUCUGGACCACAACAGGGUACAGCAUAUCCAGCGAGAAGCCUUCUCAGCCAUGCCGGCCCUACGCGAACUGCGCCUGCGAAAUAACUCCCUCUCUAGUUCCUCUGACGGCCCGUUCUGGAACCUACCCGCCCUCAAGGGACUGGAUCUAGCAUACAACUACUUCCGGCGGCUAGACCCUCGCUUGCUUGCAAACCUUCCUUCACUGCGACGACUCGAUAUGAGCGGCAAUGCUCUAGAAGUGGUGGCCCCCGAUGCAUUCCUUACCACCCACGCUCUGGAACAUGUGAACCUGUCAAGGAACGCACUCUCAAGUAUCCAUCCGGCUACUUUCCGGGACCUGCUAGGCCUGUAUGAAUUAGACGUGGGUUUGAACAGACUGCGGGACCUCAACAUGGCACUGCCACGCGGUUUGGAAUACCUGUACGCGCCCAGAAAUCAACUGACGGCCCUACCUCUCACUCCAAGACUUGCCUUGCCUGCGCUGCGGCUCUUAGAUCUCACCGGAAAUGGCAUCCAGCAUAUUGUCCCUGGAUCUAUGAGUGCUUUGGUCCAGUUGCGGUGGUUGCAUCUGGGGGAGAAUGCUCUUCAGACACUCGAGGAAGGAUCGCUGAGUGGGCUGGCCAGCUUGGAAGUACUGGACCUACAUGAAAAUCGCCUACUGAGCAUAAACGACAGAUGUUUAAGAGACGUUCAACGACUCAAACAACUGAAUUUGCACGGAAACCGUCUGGAGCAGCUAGGGAACCGGCACCUGCAGGACAACGUUCGCCUGACACACCUAGACCUCAGCCAUAACCAACUGAACAGCAUUGAACCAAAUGCAUUGUCCAGCAACAGGGAACUACAGGAGCUGGAUGCAUCCCACAAUGCUCUGACUGAACUUCCUGAAGCACUGCAAGGUCUGUCCACCCUGCAGCUGCUGGACCUUGCCAACAACCGCCUCAAGACACUGAAUCCCUCUGCCCUCGGAGGCAUGAAAUCACUUUCUGAGCUUAGGCUUGCCAGGAACAAAUUGCAACAACUGCAGGUGGAUGCAUUCCGCGGUCUACCAGACCUAGAACUCCUGGAUUUGGACAGCAAUGAACUCGUAACCAUGGAAACAAACGCGGUCAGGUCUCUGCCGCAGCUGAAAGCGGUCCGCCUCGGACGCAACAGACUCGUCACCGUCCCCAGCGCUGCCUUCACUGACCUGCCUCAACUCCAGAGUGCCGAACUGCAAGAAAACCAACUGACAAAGUUAGCGAGCGACGCGUUCAGUGUCGUGCCCCAACUGCUGCUUCUAAACCUCAGCUAUAACCAACUGACUGGACUGAACCAUGCUGGACUGAAGGGACUGAAGUCCCUGGAAGUACUGGAUGUCAGUCACAACCAAGUGGCCAGAGUGGGGAGUGGCAGUUUGGAAGGCAUGGAGUGGCUGGUAGAGCUCAAGAUGGAUAACAACAACAUAUGCACAAUUCAAGGAUCCCCUUUCAACGGGAUGCCGCGUCUUCGUGUUCUCAGUCUGAAAAACAAUAGGAUGACCUCCUUGGCCGAACCAGCAUUCCAACGCCUACGCAGCAAUAUUGCAGUGCUGGACAUUGAUGGAAACCCGUUAGCCUGCUCUUGUGGUAUGAUGUGGCUUCAGGCGUGGCUUAAAGAGGCGUCCUCAGAAGAGGGUCCACACUGCGCUGAUGGUUCUCUGCUGAAAGAGGCACGUCUCUCCCGGCAAGACUGCAGAAACAUAGACGCUCCUACAGUUGGAUGUGAAUCAUCACCUUCAGGCACUUCUCAGCUGCUCUCAACGUGGAUGGAAGUGAAAGACAGCACUGCAGCACCCUCACCAGAGGAAUCAGAGUACUUCUAUGAUGAAUAUGUGGAGUACCAAUAUGAAGAAGGAAACUCAACUGCAAGCAAGAACCACAGCACAGUGAUGCUGACCACGGACAUACCCCUCAUAGUGGAACCUUCUAGUUCAGACCCCGUCUCAGCCUUGAACACAGGAGUAUCAUCUCAUUAUAUUGCUGGAGACACACCCACCUUCUACGCUGGAAGUCGCCACGAAAAGAACAAGACGAUGUCGGGAGCAAACGGCGUGAAACAGCAAGCCCCCACUCCACCUCAGGCUUCGAGCGGCUUCACCUUCUUCGGUAUACCCCUCCCCAGUCUAAGUCUUGGAACGCUGUGGGGAUCUGGAAGAAAUGCAGAUGCAAAAUCCAGUAAUGGAGGAAUGCGGUUCGUCGGUGCACGAGGCAAAGUACAAAUGUUACCUCCGCCAGUCCAGUCUGGAGGCUUCGUGCCAAUGCUACCAGGCUCAGGUGGUUUCGUUCCCAUUGCUGACCCCAACAUCAGACAGAACAGCAUCAACCAAUCACAUGGCGCCCAUCUUGACGCCGAGCAUCAGGUCCAAGUCAACUACACAACCUGGUCGAAAUUGGGGAACGGCGAUCUUUCAAGCCACGGACGGAAGACCAAACCAGACGAUCCCCGCACGCACUCGUCUCACGUGCCGUUCCCCGUCUUGAACUCGCAAGUUACGCCAUCAACAGUCGACCAAGCCAACGAACUACGGCUUACUAACGACACUUCAGUGAAUAUCAGUCACAUACAGACAGCCCAGAGCUGGCAAGACAAAGAGAAAUCUGUUCUUCAAAAUGACUCCCACUCGACAGACAUUCAAGAAAAUGUAGUAGACCAUGCUCUAGCCAUAAGUACGCCAUUUUCUUUGAUAAAUUAUUUGGAUAUUGAAGCAGCAACGAAGCCAACAGAAGAGAACACAAUUUUUUUAUCUCAUUUUCAACAACACAAAGGACAAAGGAACACAAGUCAUGAAGAAAGUGAUGGAGAAGGGUGGGGAUUUAUUGACUGGCUUCAGACACCAUCCCCUCCUGAAAAUGAAACCCGUACUAUAGAAGAGACCCAACAGUCAACGCAGACGUCAAACCCAAUGCUACUUGGCGACUUGUGGGGAAUGAUAUCAGGGAACCAAGACUCACCCUCGUCACUGUCUGCGCUACUGAUUCCCGGGGGUCAUCAACCUCAGUUCCGUGGACCAGGAGGACGUCCGACCAUCACUAAAGUGUCAUCCUCAACGUCACCUCCACCACCGACAGAAGAAUACCUGAGACGAACUGAACCAAGUACCACCAAGUCCCAUUCUCCGCUUUCGCCCGGCACCACUGUAAACUCUUCUAUGGACUGGUACUUUCAAAACUACAACAAAACAAACCUCGAGCCAUACGUAGGGCCCGGGAAGACAGUGCGAAGCGGUGAAAAGUCGCGCACAGACGUGCCAUUAUUCCCACUGGUUCUCAUGGCACCAAGGAUGAAGAUAACUGACUGUCUUCUGGGAUGCAGGGACAUAAUGACGUAUGAGCUCAACCACAAUAACCUUGAUGUAGUGGUCAAAAAAUUAAGUGAAAUAAACAAGCUAAACGCACUUUUUCAAUAA